CUCAAUUUGAUUACCAGCACAUUCAUUCCCACUUGCAACGUCACCCAAUUUACUUCCUGCAAUCAGACCCACGGUAAACAUACUAGGAGUCUAGAAAGAGCCACAGCCGUUACCAUCCACCUGGCUGGCGGUGGUUCCGGAGUCCACCCUCCCAGGCCUGGCAGUCAGUUGCCUGCCGUAAUGAACGAGACCCCUGUCGCCUGUACGAUAUGCUCGAAAUUGGGGAUGGAAGGACCCGCAAUAUGUCCGAGGAGAAUUAUACAGUGCAUUCAAGAAUAAUCAAGAUACAAAGGGAAUGAGAAUCCUCUGGAAAUUGUGGUUUGCUUGCAUCUGCAUCUGCAAUUCGCAUUCUUUCUUUCUUUCUCUCUUUCGCUCUUCGAGCAGUCAUUCAUUUCCUUCUUGCCUUGAAGGCAUUUUCCAUUCGCUAUUCUUGAUUGUUGGCAGCGCCACAUACAUUCAUUUCCAAUCUUGACAUUAUGACUCGAUCAAUCCUUCUUUCUUCGGCGCUCUUCGCGCUUCAGGCUGUCGCACAGGUCUCUUCGCCAUUCACGGAUGAAGUGAGUGGCAUCAAAUUCAAUGGAAUCGCUCACUCCUCUGGAUUCCGUGUUGGAAUUGCACUCCCAGAAGAUCCAUCAACAGACUUCAUUGGACAGAUCGUGGCACCUGUAAACAGCACUGGGGGAGGAUAUGGCGCCUUUUCUCUAGGACAAACCAUGAGGAACAAUCUGCUCGUCGUAGCCUGGCCCAACGGUGAAGAGAUCGUGUCAUCGUUCCGGAAGACCUCCGGCUACACUUCUCCUGCUGUUGUUUCUGGCGACUUUUCCCUCGCCACGAUUCCAGAUGGUACCUUUGUCAAUGAUACGGCCUUUUCGUAUACCUUUCUGUGCUCCAACUGCAUCGGUGAGAAUGGACUGGUAGUGUCCGAUACCAAUAACGUUUUCGGUUGGGCGCUUUCAAAGGAUCCUGUCACUGAUCCUUCCUCCACCUCGUCUUCGCUCUCAUACCAUUCAGCCGGAUUUGGCAUGUUUGGACUCUCAAUCGCAGAUGCUAAGAGUUCAGACUAUGAUACGUGGGCUGCCCUUGCCCAGACAACCCCUGGCAAUGGCACGAUCCCUGGUAAUGGAACUACUCCUGGAGGAAACUCCACUACACCUAUCGGUGGUGGCAACGCCAAUGCUACCAUCUCAAACUCAACAUACGAUUACAUUGUUGCCGGCGGAGGAGUUGCUGGUAUCGUCGCCGCUCAGCGACUUGCCGAGAGUGGCGCGUCGGUUCUCCUGCUCGAGCGAGGCGGUCCGUCUACAUUCUCGAGCGGCAAUACCGAUACUUUGUCGUGGAACAGUUCCGUCACGAUGUAUGAUGUACCUGGCUUCGCUUACUACCUGAGCCAGGUUGGCAAGCCUGCCUUCUGCACUGACACUGCCGACCAAGCUGGAUGCUUGCUCGGAGGAGGAUCCAUGGUCAACGCGCUCAUGUUCGUCCCACCUCAGGAUCGUGACUUUGAUGCCAAGUGGCCCGAAGGAUGGAAAUCUUCCGAUGUCGCCGCUGCUGCUAGCCGUGUCUAUGAGCGAAAUCCGGGCCAAACGUACGGUUCCGAGGAUGGCAAGCGAUACAAUGAUGAAGCAUACACCGUUCUUUCGCAGUUUUUCUCCAGCCAAGGCUUCAGUGAGACUGAUGCCAUUGAAAAGCCCAACGACAAAAUCGAUUACUUUACUCAUCCACCAUGGAAUAUCGUUGACGGCAUGCGUGCGGGGCCAGUCCGAACCUACCUCCCUCUUGCCAAUAACUUGUCCAACUUCAAACUCCAGCUGAACACCCAGGUUCUCCGCGCUGUUCGUAACGGCUCUACAAUCACAGGUGUCGAGACCUUGUCUUCCUCUGGGCAGCGUGUCAUCUACAACGUCAAUGCUGGCGGCAAGGUCAUAUUGUCCGCCGGAGCACUUGCAACUCCACGUAUUCUAUUCAACAGUGGCAUUGGUCCCGCAGAGCAGCUACAGACCGUCGCUACUGGCUCCUCUGGCAUCGUACUUCCGGCGGAGGCUGACUGGAUCGACCUGCCCGUUGGAUCUGAGAUCAAAGAUCACGUUAUUUUCACUGUCAAAUUCAAGACCUCUACACCAUUGGCUGCCUUGAGCUCCUCUGCUUUCACCAGUCCUGACCAGACGACUGUUGAUCUCUUCGCCCAGAAUUCAGGCUUGCUCUCUCAAUCCGGCCAGCGCUUCAACUUCUGGACUGCCGUCAACACAACCGGCUCUGGCAACUCUACCGAUGGUAACCAGGUCUUCAUCCAAGGGACAUGCAAUGGUCCUGCCAAUAAUACUAUCCAGAUGAAGAUAUAUCUGACGCACGGCCUAACAUCGACUGGAAGCCUUGGAAUUACUGCGACCGGUGCCACAGAGCUUACAAAGGACCCCUGGCUUCAGACUGAGCACGAUAUUGAAGCCAUCACUAGUUUCAUGGAUCGACUACUCGACAUGACUCGCCAGCCCAACUCGACGUUGACCUACCUCUCUGCCGAAUCCACCACUGGAGCUAAUGUUACCGGAGCUGAUCUCAUCAAGCAAUUCACGACAGGUCUGCACUACGUCGGUACUGCUAAGAUGGGAGCCAAGGGCGAGGCAGGCGUCGUUGUCGACACUGAUACCAAAGUUUACGGCACCGACAACCUUUUCGUUGUUGAUGCAUCCAUGCACCCUGACUUGCCUACUGGCAACACUCAAGCCAUUGUCAUGGUCGCUGCUGAAGCUGCAGCACAGAAGAUUCUCGCUCUCGGAACUCCAGCCAACGAAACAACCGUCGAUCCCGCUACCGAAACCGGCAUCCCUCAAUCGACUGAGACGAGCAUUGCUCAGCCAAACGUUCCUUCAACUCCUACUGAAUCAGCCACUUCGACAACUCCCCAGGCUCAGCCUACUCAGCAGCCUGGACGCGGACGCCCUGGUAGGCCAAAUCGGCCAGGUCGACCUGCGGGUUCCAAGCUCAGGCGUAACAAGAACGGGUCCUUGAGGAAGAGGACUCCCGAGGGUCGAGCACCUUUGAAGGUUGAAUACUUCGAUGAUGAGGACACCAUGUUCCAGAGAAGCCAGAUGGAAAGGGCGAGUUUCCUGGAUUCGGCAUAUUAGAUGUUGCGAUAUGAUCUAU